CACAAAGCGGCUGACAAAAAGAAGAAGAGCCGCGACAAACAGAACUUAAAAGAAUAUCAUCCAAAGAACUAGGUUAUAGUAAAGGAAUCAUUUAGUUUGAAUAAUUCCUAGACACGGGGGAUGAUAACUACGACUGGAAGGAAACCACAUUUGCAGGUUUCCAAUCCUGGUUCUUUCUUACAUACGGGUGGCGAGUCGUUUUUGAUGGAAGGUAAAGGGAGCACAGACGUCUUACCGCCAUUAAAACCCUCAACAAAGGGUAACAUAAUACAUCAAUCUCAUGAUCCUAGCAAUGUUGGAGGAGCUUUACCGCAUCUUGGAGGAGUACAAGUACAACAACUGUUCGAGGAGGAGACAAAUCAACAAAACAAAGGGAAGAUCGCUCCUGAAGUUCAAGCGCUACCAUCUGUACGACCGUCUUCUGUUGUCGGACGCUCUCCGUCUGCAGACCGACGUAGUAACGGAUCAGGAUCGCAGAAAUCUCGAGAUUUUAUGUCUCCUAAUCAAGCAAUGAAGCAGCUAAUGCAUAAACUUACUAACUACGAACAUCAUGAGAUAUUUAAUUAUCCACAAAUAUAUUUUGUUGGACCAAAUGCGAAGAAAAGGCAGGGUGUGGUGAGCGGCGCAAAUAACUGUGGCUACGACGAUGACCAAGGCUCUUAUAUUCAUGUUCCACACGAUCAUAUAGGAUAUCGAUACGAAGUUUUGAAGAUAAUUGGUAAGGGAAGCUUCGGACAAGUAGUCAAAGCUUAUGAUCACAAAACACAAACUCAUAUAGCGUUAAAAAUGGUUCGAAACGAGAAACGCUUUCACAGACAAGCACAAGAGGAGAUUCGUAUACUCGAACAUUUACGGAAGCAGGACAAAGACAAUAACUACAAUAUUAUUCACAUGCUUGAGCAUUUUAAUUUUCGCAAUCACGUGUGUAUGACAUUCGAACUUCUUAGUAUGAAUCUCUACGAACUGAUCAAGAAGAAUAAAUUCCAAGGAUUUAGUCUUCAACUCGUUCGUAAAUUCGCGCAUUCCAUCCUUCAAUGUCUGGACGCUUUGUAUCGCAAUCGCAUCAUCCACUGUGACCUAAAACCCGAAAAUAUCCUUCUAAAACAGCAAGGAAGAAGCGGUAUUAAGGUAAUCGACUUUGGAUCUAGUUGUUACGAACAUCAGAGAAUCUACACCUAUAUUCAAAGUCGUUUUUACAGAGCGCCAGAGGUCAUUCUUGGUGCUCGCUAUGGCAUGCCGAUCGACAUGUGGAGCUUCGGAUGUAUUCUAGCUGAACUUUUAACUGGGUAUCCGAUUUUCCCCGGCGAAGAUGAAGCCGAUCAGCUAGCUUGUAUAAUGGAGCUGUUAGGAAUGCCUUCUCAGCGAUUAAUAGAGACAUCGAAACGCGCAAAGAACUUCAUUAGUUCAAAGGGACAUCCAAGGUACUGCACAGUGACGACGCUACCUGAUGGCAGCACUGUCUUGAACCCCGGUCGGUCUAGACACGGCAAAACACGAGGAAUCCCUGGCUCCAAGAAGUUUGCUCAAGCACUAAAAGGCUGUGAUGAUACGCUUUUUAUUGAUUUCUUGAAGAGAUGCUUAGAAUGGGAGCCAAGUCAAAGAAUGACACCGUCUCAAGCGCUCAGACAUCCAUGGCUGCGACGAAGGUUGCCAAGAGCACCCGAGCCAAACAACAACAUAGUGUCAAGUUCGGCCGAGAAGCGAAGAUCUGCAGUCGGAAAACUUCCCCCUACUGGCCCAUCUUCCGGGAAAUCUAAGCCUAGGAAACCUAUAGAAAUAACAGACGAUACAGUGCCAGAUUCUGGUUCUUUAAAUACAAGAACAGUGCUUCCAAAAAUCAUAGGAAGAUGAGGAUCUCAAUUUGAAUUUGUAAUUGAACAAUUGAACUUCAUGUCAAUGUAUUCUAAGUUAUUGAAUAUUUUACUUUUCGUAUCGACUUACGUGAAGCAAAAAACGUUUUAUAGACGAUCCAACAAUCGCUUUUAAAGCUUGUAAAUAUUAGAUUUCAAAAGCAGCCACGAAUUCUAAAGACAUAAAUUUUUAAAGUUCGUCCUCCAUUGUUCGUGAACAUUCGGAAGCCCUUCAAAUGUAGAAAUGUGAAUAGCCAAGCAUAGCGAAAUAGGAGAUUUUUUACAAUUUUCUAACGCUUUUGAAGAGUGUUUUUAUAUAUACAUACAUUCCCUAUACAGAAAAUCGAUUUAUUUUUUAACAUAUUAUAGAUAUUGAUAUCCAUGUUUAAGUUAUUUCAAGGCGGCCGCCAAUUCGAAGCGACUGCCUUAUGUACAAUACAAAAUCUAUAAAUUAAAUGAAAAAAUCUAUCAAUACUAGAGUGAAAAUUGUGAAUAUAAGAUAUUGGUGAUUAAAGCCUUUGAAAAUAAAAGAGUUUUCCAUAAAA